UGUUCGGACACUGAACGCUGGCUAUGACGCUGUCGUCAUUUCGAGUCAAUCUACUGCAUGCGUUUAGCUUUGUAUUUCUACUGCUCUUCAGCAGCUUCUUCGGGACCUUUGUCGUUUGCCUUCCCGCUCUGCCGCUUCUUGCCGUCAGCAACAAGCUGUUCGACUGGUGGAACGAAAUGAUGAUAGGAACGUGGUUCCACAUGGUCGCGGGAUAUUUGGGUAAGUUGUAGGACAUUCUAGCGCGCGCACUCUGUCGAUUGACCGACUCUCUCUCGCUCUCUCUUUGUUUCAGAGUUGGUCUAUCGUAUGAAGGUGGUUGUGACAGGAGACAGGCUCGCGUGGAACGAGGGUUGCGUCAUCGUGAUGAACCACCGCACACAGAUGGACUGGAUUCUAUUGUGGAAUCUACUGGCGCGGUUUGGUGACGUCAGACGCUGCAAGAUUAUUUUGAAAAAUAGUCUCAGACGCUUUCCGGGACCCGGUUGGGCCAUGCAGCAGUGCAUGUUUCUGUUCCUUGCUCGAAACUGGCAGAAAGACCGUCAUCAUUUCAAUUCAAUGCUUAAUUACUUUGUUGAGACUAACAGUCCCAUACAGAUUCUGCUGUUUCCUGAAGGUACCGACUUUUGUGAGCGCUCCAAGAAGCGCAGUGAUGAUUACGCAAAACAGCGGGAUCUUCCCAACUACGACUACGUUCUCCAUCCUCGGACGAAAGGCUUUUCGGAGCUCGUAAAGAUAAUGCAACACGGCAACAUUAAGUCUGUUAUUGAUGUGUCUAUUGCCUAUCCAGUCAACAUUCCCUGGGGCGCGCGGAGUAUUCUUCUCGGAAACUUUCCGGAACAAGUACACUUUGACAUGAAGAGAUAUCCGAUCGACGAGAUGCUCACAGACGGCGAGAGUCUCGAGGAGUGGUGUCGGCAGCGAUGGGAAAAGAAGGAAGAGAAUCUUCGAGCAUUCUACGAGACCGGGAAAUUUGAUAAACCCGAAAUCAAGUCGGUUGUACCCGAGAAAGAGAUGUGGAGGAAGAUGGCGAUUUGUUUGAUUCUGUGGGCCGCAUUAGCCAUCACAUCCGUUUUCCUCGUAUUUCUCUCAUCUCUUUGGUGUUGGUUCUGUGUACUUGGCAGUGCCAUCUACAUGGGUCUCACUCUAUUUGGAGGCGUCGAGAAGUCGGUUCUAGACGCUCAUAAUAGAAUGUACCAACGACCGCAGCAGCACCGAGAAACAUAAUUUGUACUUUUUCACAUA